AUGCUUUUCUUGUUUGUUUGUGUAGGUGAGAAUGACAUUAGUAGUGUAGAGUCCUUGCAAUUUGAUUUUAGUUCCAUUGUAGCGGCCACGAACAAUUUCUCUGAUGAUAAUAAGUUAGGGGAAGGUGGAUUUGGUCAAGUUUACAAGGGUAUACUUUCAAAUGGUCAACAAGUAGCUGUGAAGAGGCUUUCAAGGAACUCUGGCCAAGGUGCUGAGGAAUUUAAGAACGAGAUGGUAUUGGUAGCCAAGCUUCAACACAGAAAUCUGGUCAGGCUAUAUGGAUUUUGCUUGGAAGGAGAAGAAAAGAUACUUGUUUAUGAAUAUGUCUCCAACAAAAGCCUUGACUAUUUUCUAUUUGACCCUGAGAAACAAGGACAAUUGGAUUGGUCAAGACGUUACAAGAUUAUUGCAGGGAUUGCUCGAGGAAUAAUGUACCUACACGAAGAUUCCCGACUUAGAAUUAUACAUCGUGAUCUCAAGGCCGGCAAUAUAUUGUUAGAUGGGGAGAUGCAUCCAAAAAUAUCUGAUUUUGGCAUGGCCAGGAUUUUUGGGGUUGAUCAAACUCAAGCAAACACAAGUAGAAUUGUUGGAACAUAUGGCUAUAUGUCUCCAGAGUAUGCAAUGCAUGGACAAUUUUCUGUCAAGUCCGAUGUAUAUAGUUUCGGUGUUUUACUGCUAGAAAUCAUAAGUGGCAAGAAGAAUAGUUAUUUCUUUCAAACUGAUGCAGCUGAAGACCUCAUGAGCCAUGCCUGGAAACUAUGGAGAGAUGGGACGCCUUUGGAAUUGUUGGAUCCGAGUAUGAGAGAUUCUUAUUCCAGGAGUGAAGUUAUAAGGUGUAUCCAUAUCGGCUUACUUUGUGUUCAGGAAGAUCCAGUGGACAGACCUCCAAUGCAAUCCGUAGUUCUCAUGCUUAAUAGCUACUCUGUGACUCUGCCAUUACCUGAACAGCCAGCAUUUUUCCUUCGAAGUCGAACGGAGGGGAACAUGCCAAAGAUAACUUUGGAGUCUGAUCUAUCUAUCAGUAAGUCAACUCCAUCCGUUGAUGAAGCAUCCAUCACUGCAGUAUACCCUCGAUAGCGUGAAUGAACAAGA